AUGAUUUUUCAAGCAUUUGGUGAAAUCUUUGGCCAAAAAGGAGGUUCGAAGACGAACGUGGUGGCACCAACGGUUCGAUUAACUCAACCAACUAAUCCCCUGACCCAGAACCAGCCGGCACCAAUACCCAUUACCCAAGGGACGCGAUGGCACCAACGCGACGCGAUGGCACCAACGCGACGCUUAACUCAACUUGGAGAGGGCAUAAGGCAUUCCGUGGCCACAUGGGAUAUUCGAACCCGGGUCCUAUUGGCGUUGAACUGCCUCAAGACCGCUAGCCCACCACCCCGUG